AAAAUAUAUUGCUUUAUAUACAUGCUAGCAGAUGUCAAUGAACUCUUAUUAUAUUUUAAUUAGUACAAGCCACAGAACAAUAACAUCCGUUGUUAUUAUAUUUCAUUGCGAUAUUACGUAACCUGCUCUGUGACAUAAAUUGCAAAUACCUUACUGCGUUCAGCAAAGUUAUAAUCUACGUCGAUAAGCUUAGCGUGCACCCACACAUAAAGUAUAAACAUGUAUAUAUACUGUAACAUACACCUAACUAUACCUAUGUGUGCUAACGCAACAGAUGUUAUGUAACAGGUCGUGGUUAGACGAUUGUACACCUUGGAGAUAUUGAAGAACAAUGUUGGGCGGAAGCGCGUUAUGGUUCCGGCACGGGUUGAGGCUGCACGACAACCCAGCGCUGCACAGCGCUCUAGAAGACAAGACCGUGCCCUUCUUUCCCAUGUUCAUUUUCGAUGGAGAAACCGCAGGCACGAAGGUUGUGGGGUACAAUCGUAUGCGAUACCUUCUGGAAGCACUCGAGGACUUGGACAAUCAGUUUAAGAAGUAUGGCGGCCGGCUCAUCAUGGUGAAGGGCACGCCGCAUGUCAUCUUCCGGCGUCUGUGGGAGGAAUUCGGCAUAAGUAAGCUGUGCUUCGAGCAGGACUGUGAGCCGGUGUGGCGCGCACGCGAUGACGCGGUGAAGUCGACGUGUCGCGAGAUUGGGGUCGUGUGUCGCGAGCACGUGUCCCACACGUUGUGGGAGCCCGACACCGUCAUACGAUACAAUGGGGGAAUCCCACCUCUCACAUAUCAGAUGUUUCUGCAUACGGUGUCGACGAUCGGGGACCCGCCGCGUCCCGUCAGCGAUUUGGACCUCACCGGGGUGAACUUCGGCGUGUUGCCCGACACCUUCUACCAGGAGUUCACGGUCUUCGAUAAAGUACCGAAGCCGGAGGAGCUGGACGUGCACCUGGAGCGCGAGGACAUCCGCAUGAUCCGCUGGGUGGGAGGAGAGACUGCUGCGCUGCACCAGAUGCAGCAGCGUCUGCAGGUUGAGUACGAGACAUUCUGCAGAGGCUCGUACCUUCCAACUCACGGCAACCCGGACCUUUUGGGCCCGCCGAUAUCGCUAAGUCCGGCUUUACGAUUCGGAUGUCUGUCUGUCCGUAGAUUCUAUUGGGCUUUACAAGAUUUGUUCCAGCAAGUGCACCAAGGCCGGCUCUCUAGUGGUCAUUUUAUUACAGGUCAGCUGAUUUGGCGCGAAUAUUUUUACACGAUGAGUGUAAACAAUCCAAAUUACGGGAAAAUGAGCGGGAACUCCAUCUGUCUUGAUAUACCCUGGAAGAAUCCUGAAGGAGAUGAAUUGACUAAAUGGACAGAGGGUCGCACUGGGUUCCCUUUCAUCGACGCGGCGAUGCGGCAGCUGCGGUCUGAGGGCUGGCUGCACCACGUGCUGCGCAACACUGUGGCCUCCUUCCUCACACGCGGCACGCUCUGGCUCUCCUGGGAACACGGCCUCGACCACUUCCUCAAGUAUCUGCUCGACGCCGACUGGUCAGUGUGCGCGGGCAACUGGAUGUGGGUGUCGUCGUCGGCGUUCGAGGCGCUUCUGGACUCGAGCGAGUGCGCUUGCCCCGUGCGCCUGGGCCGCCGACUCGACCCCGACGGCGAGUACGUGCGCCGCUACGUGCCCGAGCUGGCGCGCGUGCCAGUGCAGUACAUAUACGAGCCAUGGAAGGCUCCGAUCGACGUGCAGGAGCGCGCCAACUGUAUCAUCGGCAAGGACUACCCCGCGCCAAUGGUCAAUCAUCUCGACGCCGCCGCACGCAACAAGAACAAUAUGAAGGAGUUACGUAGGAUUCUGGAGAAGGCUCCACCGCACUGCUGCCCCUCGUCCGAGGAGGAGAUCCGUCGCUUCAUGUGGCUCAAUGACGACACCGAGUCUGAGGUCAGCACCUCUUAGAUCAAAUACGACUUUAUUACAAGCGUACGAAAGUCGAAAAUAUGCACGCAGCUACAGUAUGUUUUAUUUUCUUUAAUUAUUAAUAAGGCUUAAAAGCUAUAUUGCUUUCAUUGAUAUUGUAGUGGUGUAGAAAUACUUUAUUUUCUCCUAUGUGUUUGUUAUACAGUCGAACCUGGAUAAGCGAGAGUCUAAUGAACCGAUGUUUAUCUCGCUUUUAGAUGGUUUUCUCUAAGAGUUUCUCGCUAAUGGAGGUCGUCCGUACCGGAAAAUGUCUCUCGCUUAUCCAGGUUCGACUGUAUUUGUCUAAGAUAUAUCCAAAGUAGAAAUGUAAGUAAAAUAUAUAUCUCGAAUAUAAAACCAAA